UUUUCCUCUUCAACCAAACAAAGGAAAAUGUUUUUUCCUUCCUCCGUUUUCCAUCCCUCCAUCUUUCCCUCGUACCCAACCGGCUAUUAAGCUUCUCUCAUGUAUGAGUGAUUUCUGCUUCGUGGGUUGAGGUCGGGUUAAUUGUGAGCCAAUUGUCUGUAUUUAUGCAGCACAAUUGUUGUCCCCUGGUAAAUGAAGGUGGUGGGUGGCAAGAGAUGCCUCUUGCUGUUGGAGAAAUGUAAGAAUAUGAAGCAACUCAAGCAAGCUCAUGCACAGCUAAUCACAUACGGGCUUGGAAAUAAUGGCUUUGCCCUAAGCAGGCUAUUGGCCUUCUGCUCAGAACCACUUGGUGGCAGCCUCUCUCAUGGAUUAAAAAUCUUUGAACAAAUUGAACACCCAACAAUCUGCAUAGUUAACACAAUGAUAAAAGCGUUCUUGCUGAGGGAUCAACUAAUCAAGACAGUAGAAAUGUACAGACACGUGUUGGGGAAGGGCAUGUACCCUGAUAAUUAUACGCUUCCUUACCUGUUGAAAGCUUGUGCAAACAUGAAAAAUUGCGAUGUUGGAAAAUUAAUUCAUGGGCAUUGUUUGAGACUGGGUUUCUUGUUUGAUAUAUUUGUGGGUAAUACUUUGAUUGUAAUGUAUUCUGCUUUUGAUAACAUGGAAGCUGCAAGGUCUGUGUUUGAUGAAAUUCCUAGCCGCUGUGUUGUGUCAUGGACAGUUUUAAUUUCUGGGUACGCCAAAAAAGGUGAUGUUGAGACGGCAAGCUUGAUUUUUUAUGAAGCACCGGUGAAGGAUGUAGGAGUUUGGGGUUCUAUGAUUUCUGGGUAUGUGCAAAAUAAUUGUUUUAAGGAAGGAUUACAAUUGUUUAGGUUAAUGCAGUGGAGUGGUAUUGAGCCUGAUGAGGCUAUAUUUGUGAGUAUACUUUGUGCUUGUGCUCAUUUGGGUGCUCUUGAUAUUGGCAUAUGGAUACACAGUUACGCGGAUAAACUCAGGUUGCGGUUGAGUGUUCGGUUAGGCACUGCUCUGAUAGAUAUGUAUGCGAAAUGUGGGUGUUUGAAUUUAGCUGAAAAAGUGUUCUAUGAAAUGCCUCAAAGAGAUACUGUUUGUUGGAAUGCUAUGAUUUUAGGAUUGGCAAUUCAUGGAGACGGAAAGCGUGCUCUCGGGUUGUUUUUGGAGAUGGAAAAGUCUGGAGUCCGGCCUGAUGACAUUACAUUCAUUGCCGUUUUCACUGCUUGUAGUUAUUCUGGCAUGGCGAAUGAAGGCCUACGGGUGUUGGAUAGAAUGUGUAAUGUGUACAAUAUUGAGCCCAAAAGUGAACAUUAUGGUUGCAUAAUUGCCUUCCUCAGUAGAUCUGGUCUAUUUGAAGAAACUAAGGAUAUUAUUCAGAAAAUGCCAGGAUUGAGCGAUGCUUCUGAGGAGGCAGUAGCUUGGAGAGCAUUGCUUAGCGCUUGCUGUUAUGAUGGACAAAUGAAAUUGGCUGACGUAGCAGCAGAGAGAUUAGUGCACUUAGAGCGCCAUAGUGGGAUGUAUGUUCUGCUCUCAAACACAUAUUCUGCUGUAGGUAACCAUGAUAGUGCGAGGAAAGUAAGGAGAAUGAUGAAAAGCCGAGGGAUAGACAAGACACCAGGUUGCAGCUCACUUGAAAUCAAUGGCAUUGUACAUGAGUUUGUUGCGGGGGAGAAAACACAUUCUCAGAUGGGAGAAAUACGUGAACUGUUGGAGAUGAUUAACAAGCAGUUGGAUUAGUCGGGGUAAAAGUCAAAGCUGUUUCAAGGUGAUCAGACAUGAUAUGAUGGUGCACAAUUGCAAUCCUUGCCUCAUUUAAAGCCAUAAUUAUUUGUAAGAUAUGUUCACCUAGUCUUCCUCAAGGGUCUGUUUUUACUAUCAAUCGGAAGCUACAGACACUGAAAUUCGAGUCUCGCCAUCUUCAACAGAGGUUUUCUGAAAAGCAUACUGAGAGUGGUUUCUUCUCAAUGUAAUUUGAGAUCCCCUGCUACAAGCAUGUUUGGCAGCAGUAAACUCUAUAUCUAAAUUGCAAAUGAGUCAAGCUUAAGGUAGAUAUCGAAUUGGCAACUGUAUACAUUUUCGGUUCUUUGACCUAACAAGCAAUGGUAGGCAGCUUGGUAAAAUGUGACCAGUUGCUUAUGAA